AUGUUCGCUCCUCAUAAGAGCCAGGAGAUUAGUCACAUCUACGAACGAAACAAUGAAGCGACACUCUAUAUAGCCAACUUAGACGCCCAAGUGGACGAAGAAAUCCUAUGCGAGCUUUUUAUGCAAUGCGGUAACGUUAAGAAUGUGCACAUUCCGCGGGACAAGAUUAAUGGAUUCCACGCAGGCUACGGCUUCGUCGAGUACGAAUACGAAUACGAGUGUGAGUAUGCAGGGAAGGUGUUGAAUAUGACGAAGCUGUUCGGAAAGCCCCUGCGAUGCAACAAGGCGUCCCAAGACAAAAGGACCUUCGACGUGGGAGCGAAUCUAUUUAUAGGAAAUCUAGAUGCAGAGGUGGAUGAAAAAAUGCUGUUUGAUAUCUUCUCCUCAUUUGGACAAGUAGUAACUGUUAGAAUAAUCAGAAACGAAGAUGACACGUCAAAAGGACACGGAUUUAUAUCCUAUGACAAUUUCGAAUCCAGUGAUAUGGCCAUCGAAAAUAUGAAUAACCAAUUUAUAUGCAACAAAAAAGUGCACAUAUCAUAUGCUUUUAAAAAGGACUCCAAAGGGGAGAGACAUGGAACAGCAGCUGAAAGAUUUAUUGCUGCCAACAAGGCUCUAAAUUUAUAUUCAGGAAAUGAAAACUCCAAUCAUGUAAUGCCGUAUAAUUCAUCCUCUGCAGAAAAUACA